AUGCCGCCAAAACAGCAACCAAGUAAAAAGGCAGAACAAAAGAAGAAGGAAAAAAUUAUCGAGGAUAAGACGUUUGGUAUGAAAAACAAGAAAGGGGCGCAGAAUCAGAAAUACGUCCAACAAAUUCAGAACCAGAUACGAAAUAAUAAUGCCCGACUGGAUCAACUUAAAGCUGCUGAGGCAAAGAAGAAGAAGGAGAUCGACGAUUUACGUGAUGUUACUAAACUUAUCAAGCCUGUAGAGCAGAAAGUGCAAAGAGAUGUCGAUCCAAAAUCUGUGGUGUGCGCAUUUUUCAAGCAAGGAAUGUGCCAUAAAGGAGCUAAAUGCAAGUUCAGCCACGAUCUAGCCGUUGAGCAGAAAACUUUGAAGAAAAAUCUCUAUGUUGAUAGCAGAGACUUGGGGAAGGAUGAGGAUGAUAACAUGGAGAACUGGGAUGAGUCAAAACUGAACGAAGUCGUCAACAACAAACAUGGAGAAGCAAACAAGAAAUUAAAUCAGACUACAAUUGUAUGUAAAUACUUCAUCCAAGCUGUUGAAGAGAGCAAGUACGGAUGGUUCUGGGAGUGUCCGAACGGUGGAGAAAAGUGUCAGUAUAGGCAUUGCUUACCGGAGGGAUAUGUGUUGAAGAAAGAUAGAAAGAAGAUGGAGGAGCUAGAUAAAGAGAAUCGAAUAAGUCUCGAAGAGCUAAUCGAGAAGGAGAGAGCUGCGUUGUCAUCGAAGAAUCUGACAAAAGUCACGCUCCAGACGUUCGUUGCAUGGAAGAAGAGGAAAUUGAGAGAAAGAAAGCAGAAAGAAGCUGAUGAAGAAAAGGCGAAGAAGGACAAGAUCAAGGCUGGAAAGGCUCUGGGUAUGAGUGGUCGUGACUUAUUCACCUUCAAUGCCGAUGCUUGUGUUGAUGAUGAGGACGCUGAGGACGUCGAAUACGAGAAGGAGGAGGUUGACCCCGACGAAAAGGUGUUCGAGAUUGACAACAACUCUUCAAAUUCGAAGGUAUGGAUGACGAUUUGGACAAUGAUGGGACAGCUCCCGACCGGUGCUGCUAAUGCCGAUGGAUUGGCUUCAGGUGUGGGUUCAAUAGCCAUAAACGAGGAAUUGUUCGAUGUCGACGAAGGGCUCGAAGGGCUAACUUCGGACGAGGACGAACCGACCGCCUCUCAAGUCGUGAGCUGA